AUGUUCCCUCCGGAGCUUGCCGAAAAUGAUCCGCCGUGCCUCCUGGGUCAGAUCUCGGCUGUCGAAGCCAACCAGUGCGCGGCGCUGGCUUCGCUGGCUGCCGCGCCCAUGUCACCGCCGCAUCCGCUGCUCGAUGGAUGGGGUGAGAUGGACGCUCAGCUGGUUCGCCACGCCCCGGGCGGGCGCUGGCUCCUUGCCUCACUCCGCCCGGCCUCGCAUGCCUCGACUGCUGCCGCCAGUCGCAAACGGGCAAAGACUGCUGCCGCGCCAUCGCCCGGCUGCAUGGCCCUCGUCUCGUCCACUGAGGGCGCGCCGGCAUCCACCAGCCGCAGCGACAGCGCGUACCCCAAGGCUCUGAGCCUCAAAGAGGCCGGCAACACUGCUUACGGCCACGGAAGCUAUCAGGACGCUGCUAUCGCAUACACCCGCGCGCUUGCGCUCCUCUCCGACACCAUCGAGCACCUCCCACUCCGCGCCAUCGCUUACAACAACCGCGCGGCUGCCUUUAUCCAGCUGUAUCAGUUUGAUCAGGCCCGCGCAGACGCCGAGGCUGUCCUUCGUAUCGAUGCCACUAACCCCAAGGCGCUCUGGCGCCACGGCAUCGCCUGUGAGUUCUCCGGCGACUUGCAUGCUGCGCUCGACUCGUACGCCGCCGUGGCGUCGACGCUCCCGAGCCACCCACACGUCCACGACGCCGUCGCACGCGUCCAGUCGCGUCUUCAGCCGCCGUCCGGCCGCGCGCCCACCCCGCCGGCCGGCCCUGUCUCCAUGGAGCUCACCUCGCCGCCGCCGGGAGCGACCUCGAUGCUUGCGCCCAAGCAUUCGCGAAAGCGCCGCUUCGACGACCUCGACAUGGACACCCUCUAGCUUGUUGCCAGCUCGCCAAGCAGCGCCACUCGCGCGCUCCACUCAGCCGCGUUGCGAUGGCUCAGCUCGCGUGUC